AUGAAUUGCAAUUUUUUGGAGUUAGUGGAUACAGGCGGUCAUUCUAAGGUUUAUUCCUGCACCUCCCCGCGCGGCAACCGAAAAUUCGCCCUGAAGAUUAUGCAGUGGAAUGAAGGCAGAAGAAAGUUGAUAGAGCGUGAAAUAGAAAUUCUCAAGAUACUUUCCGUUUACAGGCACAACUUUGUUGCGUCAUUUGUAGAUUCACUAAUAUUAACGGAAAGUACGAUCUGUCUGGUCUUCCAUUUUGUCUCGGGUCCCACUUUGCGUCAGAAGCUGCACACACAAGAAACAUUUUCGGAAGAAGAGGCUUGUUUCCAUAGCGCUUGCAUGCUUCUGGCUCUCAAAUUUCUCAAACAACUCCAUAUUAUUCAUGGGUAA